UGUCAAACACCUAAACGUGCAGAGAACUCUUCCUUUAAUGGCGACUCCCUCUGCUCAAUCUACUCAUCUCCCACUGCACAACCAUAGUAUACCAAACGAUGUCGAUGAAGAGGAUGUCGAUGAAAUUCCAUUUCCUACUUCGGUUUAUUCAUUAGAUUCAACUUUUUCCACAUUAAAUUCUCAUUCUCAAAGUAAUAACAAUGAUAUCCCUAACCCUAAGAAUUCAACUUCCACAGAUUCUCAAACUUGUUCAUCACCAGUACCGUCUUCUCUUCUUUAUAUUUCCUUCAAUCAAGAUUUUCAAUACUUUUCAGUUGGGACAGAUGAAGGGUUUAGGAUUUUCAAUUGUUAUCCAUAUGGCGAAUCCUUUCGGCGCGAUUUUAAUGGUAGUGGUGGUAUUGGUAUUGUCACUAUGCUCUUCCGUUUCAACAUUCUUGCCUUAGUUGGUGGUGGUACUCAACCAAUGUUUCCUCUUAAUAAGGUCAUGAUAUGGGAGGAUGACAAAAGCCUGUGCACGAAAGAGAUUUCAUUUAGAUCAAAUGUUCGGGCAGUUCGUCUUCGACGUGACCGAAUAAUUGUUAUUCUAGAGCAGAAGAUAUUCAUAUACAAUUUCAUUGAUAUGAAGCUUUUGCAUCAAAUUGAAACGUUCCCAAACCCCAAGGGACUAUGUGAAGUAUCUCAUGUCUCAGGGUCACUACUACUUGCUUUUCCGGGACUUCAGAAGGGGCAAGUUAGGGUUGAGAAUUAUACUUCUAAGAAGACUAAGUUCAUAUUUGCUCAUGAUUCAAACAUUGAAUGUAUGUCACUAACACAGGAUGGGGAGUUGCUUGCUACAGCCAGCUCGAAGGGAACCUUGGUUAGAAUUUUUAAUACUUCAAAUGGAACUUUGUUGCAAGAGGUAAGAAGAGGCGCAGAUCGAGCAGAGAUUUACAGUCUAGCUUUCUCACCUACUGCACAGUGGUUGGCGGUUUCAAGUAACAAGGGUACUGUUCAUGUAUUCAACUUAAAGGUCAAUCAAAACACGUCACUGGGUUCAUCUAGUUCCAAUCCCCCUAUUCCGGCAACUAGUUCACCCUUCUCUUUCAUUCGAGGGGUACUGCCUAAGUACUUCAAUUCAGAAUGGUCGGUAGCUCAUUUUCGGUUUCGUGAAGAUUUGAAGCACAUUGUUGCAUUUGGUGACCAGAAGGAUGCCCAGAGUAACACCAUUGUGAUCUUAGGCAUGAAUGGAAGUUUUUAUCAGUGUCGGUUUGAUCCAGUGGCGGGUGGAGAGAUGACUCAGCUUGAACAUCAUAACUUUCUGAAUUUGUAGCCAGCUUUUCAAAGUAAUACAAAGAUCUAUUGGUAUAUUUAUUUUACUUUUUACUUUCGGUCAUUACUUUUUUCCCAGUUUUUUUAAUUUGAAGGGUUGUUAUUAGUAAGCUGUAAAUAUUUGUCUGUCUAACGAAGUGAAAAGUUUAGGGUUUAGUUAGUAGUUAGAAGCUGCAAGUUGGUACUACAACUACCUGGUUCUGACUUGGUGUUGGGUGUGGGCACAUUUGUAUAUAACAUUAUUGUAUAUAUUAUUUAUGGCAUAUAUAACAAAUAGUUAUUCUGUGUGCUUGAUUCUA